AAAUCAGUUUAUUUCUGUUCUGUUGAGUUGCAGGAACGCGUUCUUUUCUACUUUCCGUUCAGUUUUAUUUCCUUAUUAUUAUUGUUAUUACGAAUUUGUUUCACGUUUCGGUUUGGCUUGGUUUUUCAUUUUCAAACGGUCCACAAUCAACGCAAUUUGAUUAAUUAUAUUCCAGAAAUUAUUUGCUUCGGUUAAUUUGUAUGAGUAUAACUUUUCCGUUCGCCUCGCUUUUUGUUUUGUGGAGCGCUUUCUCGAUCGGUUUUCGUUUGGUUCGGUUAUUAUUAAAGAUAUAAAACCAAACAUCCCCCGAAAAUUGUUUCGUAAUCGCGAAGAAACCAGCAAAUCAGCAACCAUUUUAAUUCGAUUAGCCCGGAUAAAAAUCAGAGUAAAAUUUCUGGCAUACCAUAUAACUUAUACGUAGUGGAUAUCGUUGGUGGCGCGCUUUUAACUAGGCUAUAGUAAAAGCUGAAAUCAGGCAGCACAAUUCUUUAACCACUGCGGUUGGUCGACGUCUGUAUCUGAAAAGGACUUCACAGCAGUAUUAUAUCUACAGUCACUUAUUUGAUUUACUCACCAUCUUUAUCUCUGUCUAUUGAACAAAUUUUCUAAUAACAAAGCCGAGCAGCUUCUGCAUUAUGGUCGAGGGUCAAACAGCCGUGCAACAGCAGCAACAACAGCCUUCCGGAGCGGGCGGUGCCAGUGGCGUUGGGGGCACCACCGGAACCGGCGGAGGAUCGACAUCCGCCAAUAAUGUGGCCAACAGCCAAGCUCAAACAAACGGAGGCACCACUGCGGCAUCGACCACGUCAGCGGGCACCGGAUCCACAACAAAUGCGGCUGGUGGUGGCCAAGCCUCUGCCAACAAUGCGGCGAACAACAAUAAUAACAACAAUAACAACUCCACGGCAAACAACAACAAUAACGAGCCAGACCCCAAGACCAAUUUGAUUGUUAACUACUUGCCACAGACGAUGUCGCAGGACGAGAUUCGUUCGCUGUUCGUUAGCUUUGGUGAGGUGGAAAGCUGCAAGUUAAUACGGGACAAGGUGACAGGCCAAAGUUUGGGUUAUGGAUUCGUCAACUACGUUAAGCAGGAGGACGCGGAAAAGGCAAUCAACGCGUUGAAUGGCCUGCGGCUGCAGAACAAAACCAUUAAGGUCUCCAUUGCUCGCCCCAGCUCCGAGAGUAUCAAGGGUGCCAAUCUCUAUGUAUCGGGUCUUCCAAAAAAUAUGACACAGUCGGAUUUGGAAUCAUUGUUCAGUCCAUACGGCAAGAUCAUAACCUCGCGUAUUCUUUGUGAUAAUAUCACUGGUCUCUCCAAGGGCGUUGGCUUUAUACGCUUCGAUCAGCGAUUUGAGGCCGAUCGGGCCAUCAAGGAGCUGAACGGCACAACUCCGAAGAAUUCCACCGAACCGAUAACCGUGAAGUUCGCCAACAAUCCUAGCAGCAACAAGAACAGCAUGCAGCCGCUGGCAGCUUACAUAGCGCCCCAAAACGCACGGGGCGGUCGAGCUUUUCCGGCCAACGCUGCUGCCGGAGCGGCAGCUGCCGCCGCUGCAGCUGCCAUUCAUCCCAACGCGGGUCGUUACAGCUCUGUAAUCUCGCGCUACUCACCGCUGACCAGCGACCUGAUCACCAACGGCAUGAUCCAAGGCAACACCAUUGCCAGCUCGGGCUGGUGUAUUUUCGUCUACAACCUGGCACCCGAGACCGAGGAGAACGUGCUGUGGCAGCUGUUUGGGCCAUUCGGAGCCGUGCAGUCCGUCAAGGUGAUCCGUGACCUGCAGAGCAACAAGUGCAAGGGCUUCGGCUUUGUCACCAUGACAAACUACGAGGAGGCGGUCCUGGCCAUUCAGUCGCUUAACGGCUACACACUUGGCAACCGAGUGCUUCAGGUCAGCUUCAAGACCAACAAGAACAAGCAAACGUAAUUAUUAACCAAGUUGGCUGCUGUUGUCAAUGCCAAUGCGGCGGCGGCGGCUUUGGCGGCCAAUGGUCUAGUCAUCCACAAUCAACACCACCACCACAGCAACAUCGGUAGCAUAAGCAAUAGUAACAACAGCAACGGCUGCAGCGCGGCAGCCCAUCCACUCGGCAAGUACGUUAACCACAGCAACAACAGGCAGCACAACACCAACAGCAACAUCAGCAGCACCGCUGGCAAGCAGAAGCAGCCGGCAACCUCGAGCAGCAAGCAACAAUCAACGGCGCCACCAAAGAGAUCGGCAACCAGCAGUGCGACAACAUCAGAAGAGGUGGCCACCGCAGCCACCAACAGCAGCAGCAGUAGUCACUCGCUGUCCAGCGGCGAGGUCGGAGCCCCCGCCUCGGCCACCGCCACCGCUGCAUCCUCCUCGUCUUCGUCGAGCAACAACAUCCUGAAGACCUCCACGAAGUUCAUCUACAACAAGCCCCAGAACCACUACGAGUUGCUGCAGCAGCAGCUGCAGCUUCAGCAAGAGUUCGCCCAGUUCCUGACCAACGUGGCCAACAGCGCCGCGGCCCAACCCGGGAACAGCUCCACCAGCGCGGGGAGCCAGCGCAACGGAAGCGGAGGCACCAUCAACAUGGGACUGGGAAUGGCGGCCAACUCAUCCGGCGGCGGUUCGGUAGUGGGCAACAAGAACGGCAACAGCAGCAGUGGCUACAUGCCCACCUGGUCUAAUUGGUUCUUUUAAUGUUCGACUUGGUUUUGUCAUCAGCCCACUUCAUGGAUCCUUUGUAAAUUUAAGCAUAAUUACUCAGCUUUGGUUAAAUGCGCUAACUUUGAAGAACGCAAAACAAUUGAUUUAUUAAUUUUUUUUUUAACUUUUAUUUGUUUUUUUUAGUGAAACUUAAAAAUAUGUUUCUUACGUUAAAUAAGUUGUGAAAUCGAUUUUUUGUUUGUUUGACUAUACUUUUGUUUAUCCUAGCCUAGAUUCAAUGUGUAAGACCUAACAUUUUCGUUGAUGCACUUUUAAAACGUCUAGUCGACUUUCGCAAAGAGAAUAACUUCCAGAAAGAUAGAGGAAACAGAAAGGUAAAGCUGUAGUUAAGUUUUUGUUUGAGAUGUAGAAGAAAGCAUACUCUACGGAUAUUUUAAAACAGAGAAUAAUAAAUACAAUUUGCAGGCAUAGAAGCCCCAAUCCACCAAAAAAAAAGAAAAGAAAAGGAAACAAACUUGACAAAUAUUUAAGCUAUAAAUAAAUGUAUAAAAUGAGAUACGGAAAACAGAACUGAAUGCGUAAACAGAUAGAGGCGUUUGGCUUAUAGUCAAACCACUUUGCAAAUAGACAAUGCAGAAUGAGGAGGAAAGCUAGAUGCAGAAAAAAUGAAACAGCAAAAUAAAUAAGACAUACAUGUGUUUAUGUUUUAUAAAUUUAAUGUAUAACUUUUGCUAAAAAUAAAUGAUGUAUGCAUAAUAAUACACUUAAACCUUUUAUUCGUAACAUUUGUUAAAUUACCCAGUAAACCUUCGCCUAGUCACUUUCAUGAGUUAAUCAUUACCUUUCGGUAUAUAACAUAGAUCUAGGCUCUCUAAAAUCUUGGUAGUGACAUUAACGUGAAAUCGGGUCAGCAGAUGAGCGAGCAAAAAAGAGCUGAGAGAAAAACACCCAUGAGAAUUUCUUCAAAUACAACGAAUAAAUAUUUAAGAAAAUUUGAAAUCAGCAAGUGGAAUAAAAUACCUGUCAAAUCAGAGAGAGAGAGAGAGUUAUAAUAAAGAGUAAUCAACGAUUGUAAAGCUUAAACAAGAGCCAGCUAAGUAAUCUAAGCACGCCACUCCAAUCGAAGUUAAUGUAACUAAAGACAAAGAUCAGAACAAAGUCCCUCCCUAGAAAAGCAAGCGACAAGAAACAAAAGUAAACAAUGCGAGAUGUACGUAACAUAGAUGACAAAACGCGUUUCAGCCUAACGAAUUUGAUUAAGCCCAACUCAACAGCAAUAACGUAAACUAAAACAAACAAACGACAAAUUAAAAAAUUGCCAAACUAAAUAUAGCAAAUUUUAAAACACAAAAAUGGACGUGAAAAUUGAAAGCGUGAAUCAAGCUGAUAUAUGGAAGUUUUUCGAGAGCCUGGCAUUGACAAAAUUGGAAACGAUAUACAUACAGAUAUAGAUAACAUGGUGCUUCACAGAAUUCCUUUUGAAAAAACCUAAACGCAAAUGAGAUUUUUUUAAAAUAUAUUUUUAUUUUAAAAAAACUUGAUUUGAAGUUGCUCGGAAAACUAUGUAACCCCACACUUUUAUUUGUAAGAUUUCUUUUCAUUUCUAACGAGCCGAGACCCCGAAAUGAAAAAGUGGAAAUGUUACACGACAUUGACUAUGCUAUAUCUCUAUAAAAUCUAUAACUAUUUAUGAAAACUAUUACAUAUGAUUAACAAUAUAUUGAUGUUGUGUAUUGCAAAUUUUAAAUGUUUAUACAUACAUGCAUACCACGAAAAAAUUAUGAAUACUAAUUCAUGGCAUGCAUUAACAAACCGGAAAUCCAUUUUCAUGUAUACGUCAAGUAAAUUUAUUGCAUACUAUUUAAAACUAAUUACCAUGAAAGAAUUAUAUACAAAAAUAUAUUAACUACAUGUAUCGUUAA